AUGAAUGCGAACGAGAAUCGAUAUUUCUCCUGCGAGCCUCGAAUGAGAUGCUACAAAUCUUGGUCAGCCACUGUGGAUGGUGGCCUACCUAGGCGCUUGGCUUGCGCUACUGCCGCUGGACCCUUUACGCUGGAUCCCGCUAAAGCGAUCCAAGGGUGCGCUAAAACGGACUACGCCGAUGCAGCAACCAAUAGUCCCGGCCGGAGUAACUCCUACGAGCUAUCAGCCCGCUUUUCCCGGGGCAUAACCUCCGGGACCCUUGUCUUGUAUUGGUUCAAUUGUUGGACAACUACUGAUGAGGCUAAAGACAAGAACAGGGAGUCUUGCCGAGCAGUGCAGAUUGGGCCCCGGACACAAGAGGUGACGUUUCAUGCCCAGUUUAGCCCAAGGCACCCUAAAUUCCCAUGUGUGAAAGAAUCCAAUUCUGCAAAAGUGCCAUGUUUAACAGUGGCCACACUCGCCGCUGAGCUGCCCAGUUUGCCAUGGGAGUCUAUGGACUGA